GGAGUGAGCCAAUUAUCUGUGAGUUCUGCAGAAGGAAAACCUGCAACUUACCAGCUGCUGGGGGAGAGAGACAGCGAGAGAGGCAGGGAGGAAGAAUCAAUAGACAAAUUCUAAAAUUUAAAGAAAAAGCAAAGCAUUUUUAAACAAAUCUUAGAUGAGGGGGGAAAUCUUUUAUUUGCCAGGAUUUUUUGCAGUGCAAGUGUGAGGGUGUACUUUCAAACCUGCUAUCAUAAGAAACUCCCAGGCCCCCCUCUUAACCCCUAAUUUGCUUCCCCCUCUUUAUUUCACAGGGUCUACCUAGAAGCACCAUGGGUCAGCUGAAUGCACACACUAGCCUUGACAGCUAGGUGUUGCACCAGAGGCCACUUCCACCCACAUGAGUCUACGAAUUACAAGUUGCAAGAAAAGCAAGUGUGAGUGGGAGACCUAGUGAACUGAGAGUACCAGGAGAAGAGCAAACCUCUUCAGAGGGGAGAAAGAACAGGAGUACUUCUGGUACAGAGAGUCUACUUUGGACCAUGUCAAUCUUCUGACCCAAUAAAGAUCACCCAUGGGGAACCAGCCUCUGGAGCGCUCUGGUCUUUCCCAGUCCAGCUAGGGUCCAAAGUGGUGGAGAAGAGCCCAGCCCAGUGACUUGGGAUCCAGAAAAGAGCAGCGGCAGCAGCAGCCUCUGAUUAAAACCAUCAAGACAGCUUCAUCCACGACACUAGGAUUCAGGACUUCUCCUCCCAACAAGGAAAGCACCAAGCAAUGAUGAAGACUGUGUCCAGUGGGAACUGCACCCUAAGCGUGCCAGCCAAGAACUCCUACCGCAUGGUGGUGCUGGGAGCCUCCAGGGUGGGCAAGAGCUCCAUCGUCUCACGCUUUCUCACUGGCCGCUUUGAGGACCAGUACACUCCCACCAUUGAGGAUUUUCACCGCAAGGUCUACAACAUCCGGGGAGACAUGUACCAGUUGGACAUCCUGGACACAUCUGGGAAUCACCCUUUCCCUGCAAUGAGGAGGCUUUCUAUACUGACAGGAGAUGUUUUCAUCCUGGUGUUCAGUUUGGACAACAGAGAAUCCUUUGAUGAGGUCAAGAGGAUCCAAAAGCAGAUCCUUGAAGUCAAAUCCUGCCUGAAGAACAAGACCAAAGAGGCAGCUGACCUCCCCAUGAUGAUCUGUGGAAACAAAAAUGAUCAUAGUGAAAUCUACCGCAAGGUGCGCUCAGAGGAAGCAGAGAAGCUUGUCUCCAGCGAUGAGAACUGUGCUUACUUUGAAAUUUCAGCCAAGAAGAACACGAACGUGGAUGAGAUGUUCUAUGUCCUCUUCAGCAUGGCCAAGCUACCUCACGAGAUGAGCCCUGCCCUUCACAGGAAAAUCUCUGUCCAGUAUGGCGACGCCUUCCACCAAAAAUCCUUCAGGAUGCGCCGGGUCAAAGAGAUGGAUGCCUAUGGCAUGGUCUCCCCCUUCGCUCGCCGACCCAGUGUCAACAGUGACCUGAAAUACAUCAAAUCCAAAGUUCUCAGGGAAGGCCAGGCAAGGGAGAGGGAGAAAUGCACUAUCCAGUGAAGGGGUAUCCGCCAUUUUGAGUGAAGUCAUUGUGUUGGUGCAGUGCCUUAAAGAAAACGGUUUGAGAACGGGUUCAUAGUACCCACCUGAUGGAGGAUGCCCACCAUGACCGUAAGCAUGGCUCUUCCUCAGACCUCCACAGCAUCGCUAAUGUAAAUAGUAAACUUCCAAGCUACCCUUGUAAACAGUUGAGGAAAUCAGAGGUCUGAAAGGUGACUGGCUUCUUCAUUUCUUAAUUAAGUUCCUUUUCGUUCUUCUCCUGUCUGAAGAACUUGGACUUGUAAAGAAGGAUUUGCCUCUUGCCCACCCAGGGAAUAGGCCAGUAACACACAAAAGGCAUUGGGUCUGUGUAAAUAACAGUAACCCAUUAUUCAUCUGCUGAGAAAAACAAAUGUCUUUUUUCAAGCAUACUUUAAAAAUGCUCCAGUUUACCCAUCUUCAUUCAACGGAUAAUUGUAUUAACCCAGGCUCUUCAGAUUGAGGGUGGACUCUAUACAUGGGUGUGCAAUUCUGACUGGCCAGUUAGAUGACCUCUAGUUUGCUGUAUCUUAGAAAGUCUGGGAGUGAUGAAAUUUUGCUGUACCGGUGGCAAUUUCUAACAGCCAUUGACGUAAACGUCACUUUUGUAUUAUAGCUUUAAUCUUGUUUUUGUUUUGUUUUUUCAAGUGAAACCAGAUGGCAAUUGUGUAUUUGAAAUGAAAACCGUGUCUCUGUUCUAGAAUUGCCAAGUAUUUUCAGUUUUAAGGUUACAUAAUAUGUACAGUAAUUGAAAGUGAAAUUGUUGUACUGUAAAGCCAACACAUCUGACUGCUAGCUAUCCUCAUGUGUGAUUGUGUCUCAAAACAAGCACAAAUCUGUUACAGGUACUCUGAAUACUUCAUUAUAAAUACUAACUCUGCCCACCUCUCUAUCAGAGCAAUGGUUCCUUCCUCCUGUCUUUGACAAGAGAUUAACCCGAUUUGAAUUUUGGCUUGAACUAUUAUAGAAAGAGGUUUGGACCCUCCUCUGGAAUUCA